GGGUUUAAACCCGGUGCUUUGGUAAAAACCCAAUAAACACCCAUAAACUCCCAUAAUCACCCAAAAAAAUAGGUUUUUACGUAUUUUUUUGAAAAUAUGUAAGUAAUACCAAUAAAUUAUUUUUAUAAAUUGUAUUGAUCAAUUCUACAAUAUUAAAUAAAACGUUAACUAAUAAUAUUUCAGGAAAUUUUAAAAAUCUAUAUAUAAUAAAAUGAAAGUAAUUAAUUUUCAGUGUUUUCAUGUUGCAGUUGAUCAACAUGUUGGCCUUUUGCUUCCCGUAGAUACUUUAAAAUUUCUUCAUAACACCUCGUUCGCACACAUGGCCGUAUAUAUUUAAAUUCUUGAGCCACUAACAGUCCGAAAUACUCAUUUCUUUUAUCCUCUUCUCCAUAAAUUAAGCAUUUAGAACAGUUUGUUUCUUCUUUCAGUAAAUUUUCUUUUACUUUAUCCUCGUUUUUUUCUUUGUUGCGACGACGCUGGGUAAAUCAUCUGGACACUGGGUCUCACUAUCGCCAAAUAUAUUUGGAGAUCGGCUUCGGCUACGGCUUGGCAGACAUUUUUUUCUUUCUACAAUUUUAAAUUAAAUUUAUUAGAAUAAAUGCUUCGAACACACGCGAUCUAAGUACCUUUUGUGUUUAUUAUACCUUACCUACCUAGGUAUAAAAAGAGUACUUACGUAGAUUUUCUUUUAUUAACUGUUUUAUACGAAGAUCUUGAUCUCUCAAAUUAGCAUCCAUUUUACUUCCAGUGAUUAUCAACUAAAUUAAUAAUCCACAAAGUAUUAAAUAACGUUUUUAUGAAAUAUUUAGCACAAAAACAAUACCCUUUAAAUAUCGAUCGUCAGUAACUGUGGCUGACUUACCUAUAUUCUAGCAAGCAGGACUGCCAGAUGUGAAGGGGAAAUCCCCAAUAAAUUGUUGCAUGUGACUGAUGAUGUGAGCAUGUUCGUUUCAUAAUAAAAAUGUUGCCAGGUAACCAAAAAGUCGUAUGUUUUUGUGCGAAUUACGAUCAUAAUCUUUACGAUCGUACAUUAAAAAAUAGACAAAUAAUAGUAUGAGUACGAUUUAAAUCGUAUAUCUGUCAACCCUGCUAGCAAGACAGCGACAAAAUCACGUUGCAUAACAAUGUAGCCCAAGCUUAUAUCUUAUGAAAUAUACGGAAGAGAUACGGACUUAGAAAAAACAGAAAUGUUGUUCUUUGUGGAAGUCAUUGAUGAAAUUCUAUGUAUUUUAGCCCGCAAACUUUCUUCAAACAAAAACAGCGCCAUCUAGUAUCGAGUUCUGUAAUUAUCUCUUUGUUUAUGGAUUUGAAGUAAGACCGCCACGCAUGCAAUACAUUAUGACUGGGGAUUCCCCUAUUCGUCGACGCUGAAUAUGAGGCGACGACAAUCACUGUCAAACGUGUUCACUAUUACUCUGACUCUGGUAACGUGACUUCCUGGUAACGUGUUAGGUAGGAAAAGCAGUAAAAAAGUGCAUAUUAAGGGAGCAGAUUUGAAAUAAUAUUUAUACUUAACAAGAAAUAAUUAAAGGUUCAAUGGGGAGACCUAAAGAUUUACGCAUAUGGGAGCACUACCGUACUUUACCAAACAAGUCUGUUUCUUGCAAGCUUUGUAAUAAGGUCUACAAAUUCAGUAAUGCUGCCAAAAUGCUUCAACAUCUUAUCACUUGUCCAAAAUCUCCAGAAACAUUAAAAGACUCUAUGAAACUUAUAAAAGAUAGCUCGUCCAAAACCAAAAUGUCUGGACUGUCAGAGAUAGAGACAAAUGAUUCUUUUAUAAGCCCCUCGUCGUCUGCUAACACUACAAUAAAUGCUGAGUUUCAAGACACCGAUGAUCAUAUAAAAACAGAAUUAGCGAGAGCUAUAUUUGUAACAGGGACGCCAUUAUCGAUGGUGCAACAUCCUUUAUGGAUACAAUUUUUCGAAAAAUUGCAACCAAAAUUUAAAAUACCUUCACGUAAAGCUUUAGCGACAAAAUACUUAGAUAAAAUAUAUAGAGAAAUGCGUUUUGAGUUAAAUGAGGAACUAAAUGCUUGUAGUUACUUACACCUUCAGUGCGAUGGCUGGUCUAAUUUAAGAAAUGAAGGAAUAAUAAACUUUCUUAUAUCAAAACCUCAACCUGCAUACGUUAAAAGUUUGAAUACAGAAAGUAAUCCUCACACUAGUGAAUACCUUAGCCAAGAAGUUGAAAAAGUAAUGAAAGUGUAUGGAGCAAAUAAGUUUCUUGUACUUAUUGGCGAUAACGCUAGAAAUAUACAAAAGGCAUUCGAAUUAACAAAACUCAAAUAUCCACAUGUUGUUCCUCUCGGUUGCUGUGCACAUAUCCUUAACUUGUUGUGCCAAGAUAUUGUAAAGAUACAAGAAGUAACUGUGUUUAUUAUGCAAGCCAUAAAUAUAAUAAAAACUGUUAAAAGGAGUCAACGAUUAAGUUCCUUGUUGAUAAAAUCAAGGCAGGGUGAAGAUUCUACACAAACACUAAAAUUGCCUUGUGCUACAAGAUGGGGAAGUCAUGUUACUUCGUUAAAAAGUUUGAAAGCAAAUAAGAUAGCUUUGCAAAUAUUAACAGUUAGAGAAGAUGUGGUAAUUUCAAGAGAUAUUAAAGAUUUAAUUCUAAGUGAUGAUUUCUGGACGAAGACAGGGGAAUGUAUAAGUAUUUUGGAACCAGUCACUGAAAGCAUAUUUUACUUAGAGAGCGACCAGAAUCGUUUGCAUCGCACAUACAUUACAUUUAGAGAUGUACAAGCUAAGAUACGUUUUGCAUUAAAUGAGAUUUCGACAUUGAGCGAAGAAAGCAAACAGCAGAUUCUAACAUCAGUAUCUUCAAGAUGCAAUAUGGCAAUGAGGCCAAUACAUUUUGCAGCAUAUAUUCUAGACCCCAGGACUCUAGGAGUCGAACUUACUCAAGAGGAAGAACUUAAGGGUAUGGAGUUUAUCUACAAUUUAAGCCAACACUUAAGUUUGUCAAAUGUAAUGGCAGAUUUGGCGUGUUAUAAAGCUAAAGAAAACUUUUGGGCCAGAGGAUUUGUAUGGAGCUCAUUAGAUAGCAUUGAGCCCCUAAUAUGGUGGAAAGGUAUUUGUGGUUCCACUGAGUUAAGCAAAGUAGCGAUUCGUAUUCUAUCAGCUCCCUGUACUUCGGCAGCCACUGAGCGUUCCUUUAGUAUCCAAGGCUACAUACAUAAUAACAAAAGAAAUCGACUUACAACUGAAAGAACUGAAAAAAUUUCAUUCAUUUGUUAUAACUGGAAUCUUAAACAUAAAGCUGAAUGCGAGGACAUUCAGUUUAAUGAAAAAUACCUUAGAAGCUUUCAUUGAGCAAGUAAAUGAACAUAACAGUUUAGACGAAAUAGAGCCUAUCGAACCUAUACAAUUCAUCGCUUGUAAUAACUCUGAAUCUGACAGUGAUUGACUGUAGUUUUACAUUUUACUUUCAUCUCUUUCUUAAUAAACUCAAAAUCAAAUUAAAAGUUUUUUAUUCUGUAGGCUGCAUAAUAAUAUUGUCUAUGUCCAGUAUAGUGGACGUCUUGCGGCUGAGAUGACGAUGAUGAAGUACAAAAUCAUAAACACCCAAAAAUUUGGGUGUUUAUGGGGUUUAAACCCAAUAAACCCAAAACACCCGGUUUUUACCCACCAGACUUUAAACCCACCCAGGUGGAUUGCCCAUCUCUAUAGCUA